CUUAAGUUUAAUCUAUCUAGCCCUCGACACCGUUUUGUUUCGGUAUCAUUUGUUCGCUAUCGCAGAGCCAUAACGAAGCGACUGUCGCUGGGCGGGUUUUAGCGUGCGCGCUUGGUUUCGACGUAGGACAAGUAGGUCCGCGUGGUGUUGAUAGCAGUAAACAUCGGUGCCUGAAGGUUUUGCUUGAGCGCAGUCAUACAUUAGAAAACUAGCUCAGGUAUGUCGCAGCCAGCACAGGCUGAAGACGAGGAGUUCACUGGGUCCAAUCUUAAAGAAAGCGAAGAAUCGAAGACAGCCGAAGGUGGAACGUCUGAGGCUGGAGACAAAGGCAGCGAAGAAAGCGACGCCAAGAAGGAAUCAAAAAAGCCCGAUGACGCCAAAAGCGGAGAGUCGAAGACUCCGACUGUCGGGACGGAUUCACGUUCCUCGAAACCAGUGCCUUCCGGUUUAAAAGGUGCCGCAAAGGCGCCGGGUACAAGUGCGACGCCCUCAAAAGGUGGGGAAGCUAAGAAGAGUGAUACCGUUAAGAAGGACGUUUCAGGAAAAGACAUGAAAUCUGCGAUGAAGGGCCCGCCAGGCAAAGACAGCCAAAAGAAAACGGACGGGCCGUUCAAAAAUGCAGGAAAAGGACCCAAUACAAGCAAGAAGUCUAAGAAAGGCUGCUGUAACAUCAUCUAACAAAUCAACACUAAGCGUGAUAGCCUUUUGAGCGUGAAAGGCGAUAGUUGAUUAACUACAGCCAACGUCUGUGGAAGUCUGUUAGAGAAAAGAAAGAAAAAAAGGGAGAGAAAUCUGUAAAGGACGUCGGCGUUAUUGAAACGUCGGAUCUAGCCAACGAGAGAAUUAAAUAAAUACGAACUGACUAAUGAUAUAAUAAAUUUAUAUAGUAUCUGC